AUGUCACUAAUGUCAGCUGUCUGUAAACGAAAUGGGAUUUUUUUAGCACUUGCUUUAGUUUAGAAUUAUUUCCUCUGUAAAUUCAUAUGAAAAUAUUUCAUUUACGUUUAUUUCUUAAAUCAAGUUGAAGGAUAAUAAAGUGUAUUAAGUUCAUUGUGUUUCUAGCCCCUAUUAAAAUUAAGGUGAAGGUAAGUGUCGUUAUUUAAUGUUUGGUGUUUUGAGCAAAUUGUAAUAAAUAAUUUACCUAUAUCAGUAUUGAAACCAUCUUGCACGUCCGUUUCAUCGAUUUCCUUUGGUAUUGCAUGCAGCGUUACCUUGAAAAGAAGAUGGAUCCCAAAGGAGAUACAUUUAACGAAUCAGUCUCAACAAUAUUAGAGAGAAAAGUCAGGGGUUGGCUUAGUGGUGUUAUUGACGACAUGAGACGCAGUAGCCCAGUCCAGCAAUGGUUGGAUUCCCUGCCUACAGAAUCAAGUUCAGAAGAUCUAGAAACAAAACAGGCAUGCGAACCAACUGAAGAGAGUUCCAACAAACCUGAAGAAACAGAAAGUGAGACAACAAUAAUUGAAACGGCAAAAUACAAGACACAAGAAGAUGUUAAUUUAGAAGUGCCUAAUACUAGAGAAACAUGGAAGAGGAAAUCCUUAGAGAGUGGAUUACUAGCAAGUACACCCCUACGAGGGAAUGUCAAGAGGCUCCAACGUGACCAUUCCAUACAAUCAGAAGGAUAUUCACCAAAGUUUAAAAAUCCAUUAUUCAGAGACCACUCACUUCAGUCUGAUGCCAGUGGUUCCAGUGGUAGUUCGGUAAUGAAUGUAUUGGGAGCUAGAAAAGUUGAUGCUGAGUCUGUUCUAUUAGCCCUAGGUUUUGGACCAAGUGAGAAGCAGCAGAAAUUACAAAGAAUUCCUGACAGAUUUUUAGUACCAUCAAAGCUCAAAGGCAUCAGCACAGAGGAAUUCAUAAAGAAUGAACAACAUUCAAUGAGGAUGCAUGAUUGUGGCAUUUUUGGGUACAGAGGAUUAACAGAACACUGCACACCCGUAUGCCGUUUCAUGAAACCAGUUUCUCCAAGUUGCCAUAGGUCAUAUCAAGUUCCUGAGAUCGCUGUACAGGAAUCCGCAUGUUCCACCGUCGACAAUUGUAGCUAAAAUAAUGGACUGUAUAUUACAAGAUGACGUCUACCGCGAGGAGGCAUUAAUGAAGGUUCGCCAUUCCAUAGCAGACAUGCGGAGUCCGCCCAACGUGUACGCAUUCCUCGCUUCACACCUACGUAAUAACUAAAUAGUCCAACACAGUGACAAAUUAUAUGAAAUUAUCCUAUUUACCUUCGCCCGUCACUUGUUAUGUAACAUGUCCUGUAGAUAUGGGUAGAGUUUUUAUCGUGAUUUCUUUUAUUUACAAAGUAAAGACAUUAUGCUCAAAUGUUAAUGUUCAAUUGGUUAACAAAAUAACAAAAUUUAAUAUAUUAAAGUCAUAUGUUUUAACUUUUCACUCUUAUAAAGUGAAUUGAAGGAGAAAGCAUUACAACAAUGAUUAAAAUGUUUAUAAAUAAGGAGUUUAGUUAAUUUAGUUAAGUAUAUAAUAAUCAUUCAAUCAAAGAAUCGUUACCAAAUCAUAUUGAUGUGAUUGACGCGUUCUUAGGUACUUAAUAAUGUAGGCAUAAGAGUCGUGCCUGAUUUUGCAAACCGCGAACAUGUCCUGGUAGUAUUUUGGGUACCUUUACCUUAUUAUUAAAUGAUACAUUUUUCUAUACCUAACUUGCCUGUUCACUUUUAGAUUUAAUCUUAUUGUACCUAGAUGACUGGAUUAUCUUUAAUGUUUGUGUUUGUUUUUUGUUGUAUCGUGAUACUUAAUUAUUUAUGCUCUUGUUUUAUAACGAUUUAAAAUCAAGUUUGUUUUUUUUGUUAAUAACACGCGGCGUAGUGAUUUAUCAUGUUCAAGAUAUGAACUGCCAUUGUUGGGAUAUUAAAGUUUUAUCUCUAAAACAAAAUCGGAUUCUAGUUGACAACUGUGCUGCCUUUCUAUUUCACAGUCUGGGUUCUAGCUUGUCACGUGAUACUCUUGGACAGUAUCACGUUGCUUCAAACAGGUUGAUGAAUCGCAAGGCAGGUUAGUUGGUUUAGAAAUAAAGGAUUUAUCAAAGUGGCUAGAAUAAAAUUUUAAUAAGGUAUGAAUAAAAGUGUUUCAUGGUUAGUCAUUUGAUAACACUUUUGCAACUAAAUGCUCCCUUAAAGUAAAACAACCUAUGCAUUAUAAAUGUGUUAUAAUUUGUUGAAUCUCUUAGGAUCUGCCGACUGUUUUUCGCUUCCAUUUUUUAUUAUUUAAUCUAUCCGAAAUUUCACGUUUGUUGUUACAUAUUUGAAUUUACGCUACUUAAUUAUGACAUAUCUAGUAAUUUUUUUUCUAACAGAUAUAAAAAAGAUAGAAAUAUAUUGAGUAAUCUUUUUACUCCAAUAUAUACUUAGUUAUAUGUAUUAAGUACAUACAUAUUAUUCGAGACAUACAUUCUUGGCUAUUGUAGGAAUAUUAUAAAAAAAAAUUGUAAGUAAGUUUUUGUAAAUAUUGACUGUAAUUAAUUGUAGGAUUCAGAUUUCAGACUUUUAAAUUGCAGUUUCGCUGAUUGUUUUUACUGCCGCAUUGAUUGUGACGCGACCGUGUGGGUUAUACUACUGUAACAGAAAACGCCGUAAAUUGUGUUAUGUUUAGUUAAAUCUAGUAAUAUGAGCGGUGAUCAAAUAUAUUGCUGCCCAUUCUCUAAUUUCUAUUCCUUUACUAAAUGUCGGGCACACAUUAUUUUUAAUGAAGCGCAGGUUUUCACAGGCGGUCAUGAUCACUUUGACACUUACUAUCAGGUGACUUACUUUUUCGUUAGACUAAUUGCUAUAAAAAAUACAGACGAUCUCUCAUAGGCUAGAUGACUUGAACCUAGUGUUUAUAUAUUUACUAAUCCUAACUAAAUUCAGUAAAUCGAGCUAAUUCCUGUGUGUUCCUAAACCAUAUUCAGGCUUGGUCCCUGCGUGGAAGCUAACUAUGUAAUUUGUCAAGGAUUUAGUUGCAGAUUAUUUAGAUUGUAGUACAGGUAGAUAUAAAUAGAAUUACUUAAGUGACUUUGAAGCGUUCAGACGCCUACCUAUUCCAUUUAAUAAAAUGUUUGUGACAAUUUCAUAUAAAAUACGAGUAUAUACCUCAUGAUCCUACAUUAAUUAGAUAUGGAAAAAAUAAAAUUCUCUUCAAUAUCGCUUAUUAGGUAUAAAUUAUAAAUGUCGUAUCUAUUGUUUUUAAAAUACUAUAUUUUUUUUCCAUAUAUUUAAACAUCUAGUUUACAAAAUCUCUUGUUCACUUAAAUUAUACUUAUUUUUUUUAAUUUCUCUCUUUUUCUCCUCUUCUACACUGACACUUUACUUUUAUUACUGAUAUACAAAACAAAGUCAACUAGUCAUUCAUAAGAGCUCACACUGAUUUAUAGUUUCAUUUUGGGAAUUCUCUUUAUGGGAUAUAUAGGUAGUACAUAAGUAGGUAGGUGUUUUACAAGAAAUUAUGUGAAUCCAGUGUUACACUAAUAAAGUGAAGAUAAAAUAUUUCCCAAGAACACCUAAUUACUAAUUAAUAAGGAUCAAAAUAUAUGAUCGCGAGUUUUGCCGAAAAUAUCGUUAUCACUACGAACGCUAUAAAUAUAAGGCUGUGGUUAUGCGAAAAGUUUCCUGCUGUUGUAGCUGUGGGCUACCCACGCAUUUGUAUGCGACGGCGAAUUUCGACUCUAUUUACUAGGCCAUAACACUGAAGUUCCUUGCAAUUACGGCACUGCAUAGAUGCCGUUUUCUAUGCGGUUGGGUUCUAUCGAUAACACCAUUCCCGCGCUUGUGCAAAACUAUACGAAACAGUAAAACAGUGAUGGUGAUUGGCGUUAGAUAUUUCUUUUUAAAUUAGAAUCAUAGUUGUUAAAUAGAUUUUACAUUAUCAUAACAGAUAUUAAGGAUGACCUUCAUUGCCGCUUUGCCGUAGUGCAUUUCUUCCUAGUACGGUUCAACUUUAAUCUUACUGGUAGCGCGUUUAUUUAGUAGUUUCGAUAAAUAUAAAAUAACAGUUACUCUGUUUUACUGGAAUUGUUAAUGAAAAUUGUAUAUAUCGUGUAAUAUAUUUUGUUAAGUAUAUUAUUCAGAAAUAAUAGAAGUUUAUAAUAGAAUAUGUUUUAAUGUUCGCUAUUUGCGUAAUCUCUACAUCUUAUAAAACAAACUCCCCUUAUUUGUCUGACUGUAUGUUAUGGAUUUUCUCAAUAUCUACUGAACGGAUAUUUAUGAAAUUUGGUAUGGAGAUAGUUUAAGACCCUGGGAGGUUAUUAUAGGCUUACCUAUAGGCUACUUUCUAUCCCGGAAAAAUAUAUAGCGGGACUUUUAUCACGGAAAACUCUUUCACGCCGACGAAGCUGCCAGCAAAAGCUAGUUUAUUUAUAUUAUAAUCAAUAGAUAUGAGAUUUUUAAAAACCUUCCCGUUGUCUUAGAUUUUUUUUAAUAUCAUUCAGAAAUGGAGGUAUGCAUCAAUAAAAUUUUAUGACAUAAGUUUAAACUGAAGGUCUGAGGCCCAGCACGUUGAAACCGCCCUUUUAGUAUAUUAACGGCGUCGUAGAAAGAAAACUAUUAGUCUGUAAGCAAUAAAUGACUAUUUCACAGAAAUAUGUAACAUAAAUAGAACUGCUACUUAUACUUAAUAUUUUGAAUUUCCGUUUUUAAUAAACAUGAAAAAAAUAUAUUUAAACUUUUUUCAAUGCGUUAUUAAAUGCGGCACUAUAGUCUUAUAAUUUGUUUACAAGAAUAUCACCUAGUCGAAAAUAUUUAUAUUAACUUACUGUGUAAUAUCAUUAAUGGAACAAAUAGGUAGAUGUUAUAAAGGAUUUUAAAUUUUAUCUAAACGUGAACAUUUUUUGUAAAAAAUAUUAGUUAUGUAAGUAUAUUAGUCUAUAUCGUAUGUGUUAAUAUAUUAUGCCUUAAAAUAAGUUUACGAGAUCUGAAUAUAGUACUUAAUUUUGUGUUUGUUAUAAUUGAAUUGAACUGGGUUUAUUCUAUUGACGGUGAAAAUAAUAAACUUAAUUUUUUAA